AUGAUUAAGGCACUGUACAAAAGCAUCGUGAACUUUUUACUCUCGUCCUUUUUUGAAAACAUAGAAGAGAAGCAGCUGCAGACGUCGCUGAUCAGAGGGAAGGUGCACCUGCAGAAUGUGAAGAUCAAGCGGAACUUCUUUGACAUUUUGUAUUUGCCCUACACGAUCAAAUAUGGGUACAUCCGCUCGCUGGACCUGCAGAUCCCCCUGCUGUACCUGUUCCAGAAGGCGAGCCUCAAAAUCAGCGACGUGGUGAUCGUGGUGAAGGAGAAAAACUUCAACGACUUUAACAUCGACGAGGAAAUAAACGGAAUCAAGGAGGCCAAGAAAAACAACCUAAAGAUAGAGGACAUCAAUAACAACGAGGAUGACCUCAAUCAUAAAAUAAAUAAAGGGAUCAAUUACCUGCUGUACGAGCUAUAUAAUAAUAUGUCAAUAGAUAUUGAAAAUUUAGAAAUCAUUUUGGAGAGUGCGGAAAAGAAAAAAAACAUCGUCGGCUUGUCCGUUAAGAAUGUCUCUUCUGUGAAGAGCCAAAACAGCUCGAACAAGAUAAGCAAAAAUUUUUCCUUUAGUGAUGUGCUUUUUUACAUGGAGGAUGAGAAGGCCAAGUACCUACUUAAGAAAGUUAUAAAAAAGGAAGAGAAGAAAAAGAAAAAUAAAAGGAACAUCAACGAGGUGGAGAUGUAUAACAAGAUAAAAGAUAUCUGCAACGAUCUGCACACGAAAAAAUAUAUCAUUUCAGAAAUUCCUCUCCUUGUUUUGAGCACCAAUUUUUACAUAGGCAAUUGUACCGAGUAUUCCUAUCGAAACGCCAAAUUUAUUUUUAAGAAAAAAAAUUUCUUUGACAUUACGUGCCCUCAUUGCGAUAGGUACCUUUAUCAGUGUAAGGAGGUGAAGAAGGAGAGGUCCCUAUUUAGGCACAUUUUUCCUGAGAGGGAGGAGCUGGCGGCUCGAAAUAAAAAGCUCUACGCGGAGUUCAACGCGGAGCUCAACGCGGAGGUGUGCGGCAGCAGCGGCGAGACGCCCUUCGGCGGGUUGCGCCCCGUCGCCCGGGGGGGGAAGCGGCGCCGAAGGGGGGAGGAAGUGGGAGAAGGGGAAGAAGCGGAAGAAGCAAACGAAGCGAAUGCAGCGGAUGAGGCAAACUUGAUGGACGAAGCGGACGAUGCGGACGAGGCGGAGGCGCCCCCACCGAGCAGCGAAGCGAAUGCGCCCGCCGGGGAAGCGCAACAACCCCCAAGUGGAGAUCCACCCCACGGAAAAAAAAAACCAAAGAGGAGGUCAAAAUAUAGCCAUAAAAGCCUCUACUACAGAAUCAAAGACGGAGGGAAAUGCACUCACGUAGAGCAGGUGGACAUCCUGGAGGAGAACCUAAAUGUGAAAGAAAAUGAAUACAUGACUUUUGAAAUUCAUGUGGACCGACUGAACGUGAGACUCUCCUUUAAGCAACUGAGCUACCUCUCCGAUUUGGUGACGUACUAUUCAAUUUAUGGCUGCUUUGUAAAUGGGCUUUACCUGGAGGAGUGGCUAAACAUCCCAGAUGUGAAAGACAUUCUGAUCUACAAGAGGGAGUUAAUGAAGAAGAAGAAGAAGGAAAAGCACGACAAAGAUUUUAUUGAAAAGUUCGAGUACACACAUAGCUUCCAGGUGAUAUCUAGUUUGAGGAAGCACGUGGGGGGGGCAUCCGUGGGGGGGGCAUCUGUAGAGGAGGCAUCAGCGGAGGAGGCAUCAGUGGAGACAUACGUGGGGGGUGCGCACUCCGUUGAGAGUAGCUCCUCUUCCGGUGGAGCCAGGCAGGAGGGAACUGGCAGCAUAAGUUGCGGCAGCAGUGGGAGCAGCGGCUCCAAUGGGAGAAGUGCUCGCGGCAAUGGCAAUGGCAAUGGUAGAAGUGCGCGCAGGGGACGGGGCAGUGGGAACCUCUCCGUCAGCUGCAGCUUCAGAGUGUCCAUCGGGAAGGUUAACCUGACUUUGUUCAGCCACGAAAAGACGACGAAGUCUCUGCAGCUCACCGUAGACACGUUCGAGUACCAUGUGAAGAAUUACAUAAACAAUGAUUUCGCGUAUCACAUCCGCUUCAGCGACGCGGGGGUGAACUUCGUCUACAAGGGGAGGAAGUACCCCCUCCUGGAGCUGUUCCCCCAGCAGGGGAGGGCGCAGCAGCCGAGGCAUCAUCAGCCGAGGCAGCACCAGGGGCGGCACCUCCUGGGCGAGGGCGCGGGGUACAAAAGGGACGUGUUCAGAAGGGGCAAGCGGAAAAGCAAAGCGUACCUGUUCAACGGGCAUUUGGGCAGCGGCUCCGCGGCUGUGAAGGGGGAGGCGGCGAAGGGGGAAGCGGCAAAAGGGGACGCCAAAGACACCGCUAAGGAUGCCGCGAAAAACGGCGCUAAGAACGCCCCAACGGGGGAGACCCCCAAACAGAGUGACGCGCAAAAGGCAGGCCCCCCCAACGGGCGCCUCGCAAAGCAGGACGAAGCGAACAGAGCGGACAAAGCGGAGCAGGAGCACCUUCGAGAGUUCAUACGCGAGCCAGCACUGACCCUAUUUGUAUAUAAAAAAUUCGACACGUCCCAAAGCAAAAUGUACAUUAGGUGCAACCAAAACGUGCUCAUCACCCUGAGCAUCAGGGAAAUUCACAAAAUUAUGAACAUGAAUUAUCAUUAUAACACAGUAAAUUUAGAAAAAAAAAUAAAAACGUAUAAAAGCUUAUACUACUACUAUCUGCUGGGGAAGAAGUACUGCAAGGAGUUGUAUGUGGCGUCUGAAAAGGACUUCGUUGAUAUGAAUCUCCAGCUGCUCAACAAUGUGUAUGUCAAUUUGGUCUUAAAUAAGAAGUACUCUCUGCUCGUUCGCCUUAGGAAGAUUCGGUGGAAUUCCUUUUUUUUUACGAAAACGCAUUUGAGGAGUCACGUGGAUCGAUUGACCAUGCUCUCGGAGCAGAGUGAGUUGCACCACAGGGGGAACAUCCCGCGGGAGGGGGGGGAAGAACCCCGGCAGAGGCAGCAGCCCCCGCGGAGGCGCCUCGAGGGGGGCUCCGAGUCUGGCGCGUCCGCCUCCGCGGAGCUGUCCAGGAAAGCGGCGAACAAAGCGGACAACGGCGCCUCCAACAACGCCAACCACGCCAACCGCGCCAACGGCGGUGCCCCCCAGGGGAGCGCCCGCCCAGACGAGGCCGCUACAGAAGGUGGAGCGAAUGUGUCGAGCGGCCAGGCCGCCAAGGGCGCAGCCCCCAGUGGAACCACCCCCCCGCCGCCCCAUCAGCAGACGAGCGAACAACAGGAGGGCCCUAACAAACGCACCGCGCACGAAGACACCUCCAUGUGUGAAAACAGCAAGAUGACCAUGAAGUAUCGGAAGCAUUACCGAGCGUUUUUGCGAAGCAACAACUUGGCAGAUGUGGAGACGGCGAGGAGGAUGCGCUCCAGUAAUAACUCUUGCAGUUUUAGCCGUGAGUGGAAUGCAAAUGGUAGGCCCGUCGAUGAAGGGCUGAUUGACCAGCGAGUUAAAGGAGAGCCUGCCAGCAGUGAAGGGGGGAGUGAUCGUCCGACAGUGGCACGAGAGAGAUACAUCUUCGGUAGUCAGCGGAAAAACGUAGGAAGUGAGCAAAUCGAUUCCAGCGUCGAUGUAAAUGUGGAGAGGCAGUUAAGCGGAGAGUCAUCCUCCAUGAGGGAUGUAGUAGUAGACCCAGCAGACGACCCCCACGCGGAAACAGAAGAAAGCGCCAUCACGACCAUAGAACAAGCAAGAGUAAGUUUCUACUCCUCCAUUUUCAUAAUUAAAAAUAGAAGCGAUGAUGACAUGCAGAACUGCCUCACAGAUAGCAACGAAGCUAAUAGGCGGUACCUCCUGAAGCCACAAAAAAUUUACCUAGAUCAAAUUAUUUAUAACUCGAAUGAUAAUAGGGAGAAGAAGAUAACCUUCGUGCAUAGUAAGGAUAAGCACCACUUGAGUGUUAACCUGGAUGAUAAGACUCUCUUCAAAUUUGUCUUUUUCUACUUCCAUUAUGCGAGUUAUAUUGAUUACAUUAGCCACUGCUUCCGGAGCAACAAGGACUGCAGCUAUCUCAAUUUGAACACCAUCGAUAUUCGCAGCUACAAGACGCUGCAGAUUCUGCUCGACAACGCGGUGGCAGAGAGGGAGGGGGAAAGGGGAGCGGCAGUGCAGGACGCGGGUGUGAACGAAGCGGUUGUGCGCGAAGCGGCUGUGAACAGAGCGGCCGUGCAGGACGCCGCUUUGGAAGAGGGGACAACCGCUGACGGGGUAGCCACGAAGGAGGUGCGGCGCCCGCCCGGGGACCUUCUCGAGGAAGGACGCUGCGGCGCCGCCGCCCCGGAGGGGAAUUCCCACACCCGGAGUAUGCAGGGGGUAAGCGAGGAGAGGGAACCGCUCAAGGGAGAGACUCAAGGAGAACCGCCCAAGGGAGAGACCCAAGAAGAACCGCCCAAGGGAGAGACCCAAGAAGAACCGCUCAAAGGGGAGACCCAUGAGGAACCACUCAAAGUGGUGGCUCAAACGGAACCGCACCAGCGAGCGCCCCCCCAAAGGGACGACUGGGAGGAGGACGCGAGGAGGCGCGAAAGGAAGGACAGCCUAACGACGAGCCGUCGUAACCGGUAUGGCAGCCACAAGAAUCGGCAUGGAAGUCACAAAAAUCGGCAUGGCAGCUACAAAAAUCGGCAUGGAAGCCACCUCCACCGCUGCGGCAACAAUGAGGAGCACACCGGGAGGGAGUGCGCCCCGAAUGUGCCCCCCCAUGGAGAAGAGCCCACCGGAGGAAACAAACAAGAAGUGAUCGUCUUCGUGCAAAAGGCAAAGUUCCAUUUUAAUAAUUACAAAAGGAGCAAGCGAAUGGUAUCGGUGCACCUGUCGGAUGUGCUCCUGUACACAUUCAGCGACGCUUGUGUCUCCACUAUGGCUCUGAACAUGAAAAAGAUAAAUUUAUUAAACUGUCUGCUGAGCGAGGCCUAUAAAAACAACUUCAUUUCGCAUCUGGAAAGGAGAAGUGUCUCUAGUAAGGUGAGCAGGAAGAACUCAAAACUUAGCGAAAUGAAGAGGACCAACAGUAGUGGUGGCAUUUAUUUUUACAGUAGCCUCCUCAAGUUAGUGAAUAAUGGGAACUUUAUGUUUGCCUAUUCGUGUCGAAAUAGGGUAGCUGCUGGUGGCCCUCCAGAAGUUUUACAGAAUGGGUCCUAUUUGAAGGAUAAGAGGAAUGGUUUGCUUUAUGGGAAAGUUACCGCAGGGGGACUUGGCGGAAGUGCACUUGGUGCGAGUACAAUCGGUGGGGGGAGAGGCACUGAUGGGAGGCUCAGAGUGCCAGCAGAGGGGGAAGAAUCAGAUGGAGUGCGCUACUUUAAAACGGAUAAUUAUAGGCAGUUAUACGAUCUCUAUUCAGACAGAGGGGCGAGGAACCCCAACCAAGCUCAUCAAAAUAAAUUGAAGAAGAAGCACAGCACCAGCGUCGACUUCGUCCACACCAGCUACUACAAUAAUUUGAACACAAAUUAUUUCACUUUUACUGUGGAGAACAGUCCGGGGGGUGAAGAGACGAAGGUGGUGGGCAGUGGGGAGCUGGCUGUCGAGGAGGGGGGACACACGGUGGGUAGCGGAGAGGAGGGGGGGGAGCAAGCCUCGGGAAGGGAGAACGUGCGGUAUAGGAGUUGCUUGGAGGUGGUAGAUGGCGAAGCGUCCGUAUCGGCGUUAUGCGCGAGUGAAACAAAUCAGGGGAAUCACCCCGCAGAGGACGCGCUGAACGAAAGGGACGGCCCCAAGGGGGAUAGCGGCACGAACCCCCCACCUAGUGAGUCCGCCCCGGAGAGGCCCCAGCCGAAGGGGGAUAGCCACAACGGUGGGGGAAGCCGCGGGGAAGACAGCACCGAGGGAAAGUCCUCCUCGAAAAAUAAGAGAAGGUCAGAGUAUGAGCUGUACAAAGCGAGGGAGGUGAAGAGGGCGAGGCGAGUGGACAGCCAAAACGUCAGCGUGGCAGAUGGAGCGCACUGCCAGAUGGAAGGGGCACACCAAAGGCAAGACGAGCAAGAAGGGGAACGCGAACAGGAAGAGGACGAGGCGGAGAAUGACGAAGAAGAAGAGGAGGAGGAGGAGGACGGCUAUCCGGAGGAGGGAUACCCCGAGGAGGAAGAAGAAGCCUAUGCGGAAGAGUACCAAAUUGGGAAAAGCAAAGAAAACGAAAACAUAAAAAAUCUGCAGCUCCAUUUGGUGAACGCAGAACUGAUUGUGGACUACCUGUACAUGCUGAACUUGUACAGGUGGAUUUCCAAAUUGGGAAAAAAAUUUGAAAGGAUAAGAAAGAUCUCCUCCUACGCCUUUUCCGACGACAGCAACUCUGUGGAGGAGAGUGCCAGCGUGGAUGUGCACCCGGUGAAAUACAGCUACAGCGCCUUUUUGCAGAACAACAGAAUCUGUGUGCCCAUAUAUCAGUUCACCAUUACGCAAUACACCUUCCACGAGAGCGUGCGGUGCAACUCCUACGUGUCGCUGCUGCCCGUGCUGGAGGUGCACUUCUCCGCGUCGUGCAAGUCGGCCAACGAGCACGACGAGGCGAGCAAGUCCAUCCAGGUGCGCAGCCUCGGGAGCAAGCUCGUGAUGCCGGCCCUAAACAUCUACACCCACAAGAAGAACAAACAGUGCAGCAUAUGCAUUCUGAGCUUCAGCACCAAGGACAAGGGCAACGAGACGAUCAUAAACGAUUUGAGGUUUCAAAUAAAUGUCAAGAAAAAAGUAAAGCACGACGACGCGCAGGAGGAGAGUGACCACACCAGCACUGCCAGCAGCUGCUACCAGAAUAUGAAUCUCCUCCCCUACUACUACGACCCGAAGUAUAGGUCUCUCAACAGCUACUUCUCUGCUGUGACGCAGGAGUCUGCGGGGGAUGGUGGGGUGGAAACUGGGCAGUCGUAUGGAAAGGAAAUCAUUAGCAUUCACAACGACCCGCUCAUCGUCAACGUUUCGCACGAGAUUUUGAAAAACGUCUUGCUGUGCCACAGCACGUUUAUGUGCUUUUUGGGCGCAUGCUCGGGGGUCGAGGGGGACAACACGGUUAGCGGUGCUGCCAAAACCGCUAAUCGCGCCGCGGUUAGCGGCGGCGGCUCAGAGGGGCAGAAGAGCCUCGUGCAGGGCGCGCUGCUCUACCUGUACCGAAAGGCGCACGAGGUGCUCUUCGAGUACCACCUAGACGACCUGCGCAUCCAUUUUUACAACGGAAACAGCAGCCGAAAUAUGCCAGUCAUAGUGCUGAGCGUGUCCAAUCUGAAGCUCUUCCUGCAGAAGGACGCCCAACACAUAUACAGCUUUUUUAAUCUACACAUAAACGUAGACGUUUUCGAUAGCUAUAAGAUCGAUUAUGAUACCCUGCUGGAAAGAAUGGAGAUCCUCUUGGCGUUUGAAAACGAAAGGAAUAAUAUAAAUCUGUUGAAUUUAAAAUUGGAGACCUCCAUCAUUAACAUCGUGUAUGCCAAUAAGAGCAAAAACAUAAUCGUAGAACUGGUGACGUCUCUGGUGGAGCACGCGCUGGCCUUCCUGAAUUACUUCUACUAUGGGAGUGGCAGCCCCGUGGCCGUUGGCGCGUAUCACCAGGGUGGGACGAGCGGGGGGGGAGCAUCCUUGGCAUCGUUAGCAGCAGGAGGAGCAGCUGGAGCAGCAUCAUUGGCGGCCGGCGUGCCCACCUUCGCGGCAUCUUUAACAGGGGGCGCGCCCGGCGGGGGAGCGCUGCUCUACGACGAGCGAGGAAUCGUGGUGCCGAACUUCGCCCUGAGCAGCGCCCUGGGAAUGGGGGACAGGAGGAGGAAGAAGCACGCGAAGCUGUCCAUGUCCGCCCCGCACAUGUCCUCCAAGAUAUAUAACUACACGGGGCUGACCAUCAACGUGCGGUUUAAGCAGUCGCUAAGGCACAAGGUGCAAGGGGGGCCCCAUGCAAAUGCGCAAGGAGGGCAGGGCGGAAGUCACAGCAGUGGGAAAGGAAGCGGGAAAGGAAGCGGGCAAAAGAACGCGCAAAUCAACGGGCGAAGUAACCAGCAGAAGAACCGAUUCCUCUUCUACGAACUGCGGAAGAACGAACACGGGGGGCUGCUGAACGACGAAAACGGAAAGGUCUGCGAGCUGGUGGUGAUUAUAAAGCUGUUUAAUUAUGUGUACGAAAUCGUUGACAUAGAAAGGAGCAAAAACAUCUGCGACAUUCGUUUCCUUCCAAUCGUCUACCACUUGAAGAGGAUGAAUAAGAAGAAGAGAAUCACCAUCAAGAAGUGUAACCUCACAUGUGACACUUAUAAUGAGCAUACGGUGAGGAAUAAACUCUUUAAGACAUUCAUUAAGCUGUAUAUACAAACGAACGUAGAUGAGAAGGGCAUCGUUUCGAUCUACUUCUCUUCCAAUUUGUAUGUCAAUAAUACUACGAGUAGCCAGUUUGUCCUUUUGUUCCACCCCAUUUUGCAUUACUUUCUGAGGUUCAGUGAAGCGCAGCAUCAGACUCACAACGGGGUUGACUCUGUUAAGACGGCCAAGCGGGAGGAUACCCACGGCGCCACUAGCGGCGGGGCUGUCACCGUUAUAGGCAGGAGGGAGAAGUACUACCUGCCGCUGAUCUCCUUCGUGCCCAUCAUGAUUCUGUUUGAUUACAUGACCAGCCGGUGCGGCGAGGGGCCGGGCGAAGGGGCCGACCUGUGUGGAGAGAAGGACAGCUGCAAAGGUGACGAGGGGGAUGACCGCCACGAAGAGCAGAGCGACCACCACGCAGAGCAGAGCGACCACCACGCAGAGCAGAGCGACCGCCACGCAGAGCAGAGCGACCACCACGCAGAGCAGAGCGACCGCCACGCAGAGCAGAGCGACCACCGCGCAGAGCGGAGCGACCACGGGCGAACCCACCACAACGUCAGCUCCUGCGUGGAGAAAGAAAUCAUCGCCAGGAGGAAGCGCAGGAGGAAGAACCACUCCGGGAGCUUCUGCUAUGAGGAGGGCACCCCCAUAGGAGGUGGAGCAGCCAGAGAGGGCCACCCCUUCGGGAACAACCCCCCCCAGAGGAAUAGCCCCAUUGGAGUGGUGACCCCCCGAAAGAACCGCAAAACAGGAACCCUAUUGAACAAGAGCAAAAUGAGCAAAAUUCUGAAGAGGCUGGAAAAGUACCUCAACGAAAACAGCCAAAGUUACAACCUCAAAAAUAUUAAUUACGUCUACAUCGUAAAAAAAGAAUUUUACGACUUUUACAUGCACAGGUAUGUGCAAAGGAGAAAGUCUUAUUUUGAUGUGUUUAAUUUUUUAAUUAAGAGUGGGGCGAAGAAGCUGCUGGGGAACUCCUCCAUUAAGGAGAUCGUGUGCAGGCACUCCUUCGAUUUUUUGAAGUACAAUUUGUACGCGCACACGCUGAAGCUGCGGGCCAUGAAGGUCAUUUGCUACGACAGGAGGGGGGCGGAAGCCGAAGCGGGAGCGGAGGCGCCAGCGGCAGCGGCAGCGGCAGCGCAAGCAGUGAGGGGGGUGGAAGCAGCAAAGGGAGGGGAAGCCGCCAAUAUAGCCGCUUCUGCGGACGGAGACUUGGCUGCGAAGGCGGCCACCCCCGGCGGCGGCUCGGGGCCGCUCGAGGGAAGCUGCAGGAGUGGCCCCUCCAGGAGGGACUCCCUCUGCGAGGGGAAGACCCUGAUGGCGAUCAUGAGCAAUUAUGAGAACGAGGGGGGGGGUGCGAAAGGGAGCGUUAGAGGGAGUGCCAAGGGGAGUGUAAAAGGAAGCCUCAAGGGGAGCCUCAAGGGAAGCGUCAAAGGGACCUCGAUCGGGCGGCUUGACCGGCCCAGGCGCAGGACGAGCAGCCUGCUCAUCGGUAAGGAGCGAAGGAGCUCCACGAUGGGGAGCAUGCUGCUGUACGACCUGGGGCGGGGCCCCGCGGGGCGGAAGCGCCUGCGCAAUAGCGAGGUAGCGUUCGGGCGGUCCCUGCCGCGGGAGGGGGCGCCCCGCAGCGUCGGGAGUGUGGAAAGUGGAGCCAGCUGUGGCAGCGGUGAGAGCGGUGUGAGCGGUGUGAGCGGUGGCAUCGCGCAGGCGGGAGAAGGCGCCCACCCGCGAAGCAGCCGGGGGGAGGAGAAAAACCAAAACCAAAAGAUUGUGUUCACCGCCCAGAAGCAGUGCAACUACAGCAACACAGUCAUCUGCGAGCAGAAGAAUUUGGAAGUAAAUAAAGUGUACGCAUUUGGCAUUUUAAUAAAUUACAUUUUUGAAGUGCACAACAUGUUAUUUGAAGAAAUAAAAAUGGGCUACUGUGAGAGAUACAUUAUUAACAGCGUUGCAAAGAAAGUGAAGAGGAUCAAGAGGGACGUGAUCUCUGCUAAGUCUGUGAACUACUUGGAUGUUAUUCCCUCCUACAUCAAACUGUUCUACGUGGUGCAAAGGGACAAAUACGUGUAUAAUUAUUUUUCUAGAAAAAUUGAAAUACAGCCGAUGAGAAAUACCUAUGAGGAUAAGACCUCCCUCGUCCAAAUGUACAUUGGGUAUAUCAACGAUAACGAGAAUAACGUGAUUUAUAAGAAGAGGAGGUUCAAACUGAGCUCGCUACUCUGCAGAAGGAGCAAGUCGCAAUCUGCAGGGAGAAAAAAAUAUGUAUAUUUGGCUAAGAAGGACUAUGCGAAGAUGUGCAGAGAAAUCCCCAAAUACUUUUUCCUAAAUUUAACUCUCCGAAAGAAAAGUAACUUCACAAAUGCCAAUUAUGAUGAGAACAAUUUGAAGCACCUGGUGGAUAGCAACGUCUCUCAGCUGCUCAUUUAUUCCGCCUUUUACUUUCAAAACAAUUUGUGCAACGACUUGGUUGUGAAGUCCCUUGGUGGUAAUGCUCAAAUGAUUAGGAGCAACUCUGGGAUGUUCUUUGGAGACACGCAAAAUGGCAAAGUCGUUUUUGAAAUUGUGAGUAACAACCAGACGUUCCUUUCUAAGAAAAUAAAAAUCCACGAGGUCUGCCUGAACAAAAAGAUCAUUUUGACUAGCAAGAAUAAGGAGGAGAAUAUCUUCCUCUCGAUGAGCAUAACCCUCAAUGGGAGGUUUUUCAACACCAAGACGGUGACGCUGAAUAAUAGAUACACCAUCGUUAACAAGACCAAUCGGUGGCUGUACGUGGAGGAGGUGAGCAAGGAGUUUAAGAUGCGGAAGAAGGAGAAGAAGAACCUGAAUUUGAAGUUCCCCCACAAUUACUCCUUCUCCAUGGAGGGCAUGAACAGCAAGCGGGCCCUGCACUCCGCGGAGCGCCUGGCCGAGCGCAUCACCAUAGCCCCCAGCGAGGCCAGCGAGGCGUCGAGCGGGGGGAGCGGCCAGGUUAGCGGGUUAGGAAGCGGGAUAAACGCCGCCAAUGCCGCCAAUGCCGCUUACCCCGCUUACCCCGGGCGAGUGGUGCGGAUAAAGCCCUACGAGUCGUUUUACUACCACCCCGUAAACACGAACAAGUGCCUGCUCAAGUUCUCCUACACGGACAUCAACGCGUGCAUGCGGGAUGAGCAGUUCCUGCGCAGGAGGGGCAGCUACGAGUGCAUGCACAGCGAGCACGAAGUUACUAAUCUGUUUAACAACUAUUUGAAGAAGAAAAUUAUAAAAUCGAGGAACGUGUCCUCCACGAAUGGGGAGAAGUCCGGGCGAUUCUCCGAGCGACGGGAGGACCUCCACAACCUGUUUUUUACCAGCCCAGUGGACAUUGAAAAGGUUGGGAAUUUGAAGAUCUACCACAAGGCGAUUAGCAGAGUGGAGUGCACCUUCAGCCCCAGCGAGAGGAACGACCCGGCGGCAGAUACCGUCCUGCUGGUGGGCGGCGACCCCCGGGAGAGCGACGCGCGCUCGGGGCGCAGCGCGGCGUCCUGCGAGAACUUCGUCAUCGAGGUCGGCUCGUGCGGCGGUAAAGCGGCCAUUUGCGGCACCCCUGCGAAUGGCGGCUGGCCGGACUACCGCCCCCCCCACGAGUACCGCGAAGAAAGCGUCAUCACCGAAGUGAACAUCGCGCUGAACCGAGACACGAACGUGGAAAUAACCGUCUCGAUCGAGAAGAGCCCGGACACGAUCAUCUGCAAUCUGACCAAGUACCACCUAAUAUAUUACCAACGAAAGACCAAGAAGAAAAUAGUUAACAUGUUGAAGCCGUUUGGCCGAGAGAUCUUCGGGUGGUCCGACGUAUCCAAGCCCAAAGUUGUGAAGUGCUUUCUCAUUUGCCAGCAGAAUGAGGUGUUUGUUUUUUCUUGCAACGUUAACAUUGUGAAGGAGCACAACAAUAUCGUGUUGAAUCAUAAGAGGAAGAUUAACGUGGUGACGAAAAUAGAAAAUGGAAAGAGAGUGUUUUGCCUGGAGGAACUCUCCAAUGAUGGGAAAGCGGGAGGAGCAGCGGGGGGCAUUCACUCCCUGGGCAUGCCUUCCUCUUACACUUCCAAGAGGAAAGGCUUUAGUCGCUUUAAGAGGAAGAGCAAGGUGCAUAAGAAGAUGCAUCUACACAGCAACGUGCAGUCCGCCAAAGAAAAGAAGACCAGCCAAGGCACACGAAAAGUAAAAAGAGACGACGAAGUGAAGAAGAAGAAGAAGACGCUGACCUUCCUCCACAAAAAGAGAUUCAACAUCGUCUACAUGAGGAAGAAAAACCGGAAGAAGAAAAAGAAGAAGAAAAACAAGUACUUCAGCAUCGCGUCCUUUUUCCUCCUCAAAAAUAUGGACAUCGCCGGGGAAGCGGCAAGUGGGGGGGAAGAAGCGGCAAAUGGGGGAGAAGCCAACGGGGAAGCCAUCGGGGAAGACAAGAAGUGCCCCCCGGUGAAGAAGGCCUCCUCCAAAAACAGGAAGUUCUCGUCCAAAAAGUACAUCAACCGAUUUUUUUACGAGAACUACACGAAGAGGAUGAAGAAGGGCUUGGCGGGCCAGAAGAAGCAGCCGGUGAAGGGGGGGGCGCGCGGUGACGGCGGCGACGAAGAGGAAAAUGGCGAGGAUGACGAAGAUGAUGCCGCUCACGAUGAUGACGCCGCUUAUGAUGAUGACGCCGCUUAUGAUGAUGACGCCGCUUAUGAUGAUGACCGCUUAGACGAUGACGCCGCGCGGAGGGCCCGGCCCAAGAGCUACCUGGACACGUACCUAGGCAAGGAGGGGGAGGCGCCCAGUCGGGAGGCGAACCUGCAAGCGAACCUGCAGGCGAAGAAGAAAAGUAAAAAGAAAAAAAAAAAGAAAAAACUGAAAAGGAAGCUGAGCGACUACAUACUGAAGAAGAUAAAGAAGAACCAGAAGAAGCUGAAGGGGCUGAAGAAGAUAUACCCCACCUUCCUCAAGGGCAGCGGGGGGGGCAGGCGCAAGCGGCGAGAUGACUUGAACUUCCUCAUGAGCAGCUACAUGGAGGGCGGGGAGGACCCGGAGGGGGCGAGCGCCCGGGGGGAAGGCAAGUUGGCGGGCGAUCCGGGCGAUCCGAGCGAGCACAGCGGGGUUAGCGGUGGAGAUGGGAGCGGAGAUGACCGUGCAGAUGGCAGCUACCGAGAUGGCGGAGAUAACCGUGCGGAUGACCGGGGGGAGGAAAAGAACAAAGCGAGAAAGGUGCUGACCAACGUACACCUAAUGCUGAAGGGAAUCAAAGUGAGUCUCUUCGAGCCCAGCUCGGAUUACAUCAUUUCGAUGGAGCUCAACAACCUGGUGGUGAAGAAGGCCUACAUGGAAGACAUAGAUUAUUUCAACGUGGAUGUGAAGAUCGACGACGUCCUUUGCUAUGUAGUGUAUAAGUACCUGAGUGCCUACGCCAUUCUGUAUAUCAAUAAUGACGUUAAUAUGAAGAGCAGCAACUUGCGUUUCUUUAUGAAUGAGUUGGAGAUUAAGCGAAAUUUGUUUUUAAAAAAAAAGCAUCGUGGGAGGAGCGAAAACGCGUCCUCUGCAUCCAACGCUUCUUCCGCAUCGGGUGCUUCGUCCACCUCUUCCGGGUCGUCCAUGCAAGUGUACAGUCGAACUGGGGAGAAGCUAAGCAACUUAAGCAACUUCUACGACGCUGCCUCCAGCACGGAAUUCCUCGUGUGUAACUUCCAAUACAUGAGGAAGUGCGAAACGCUUUUCAUUAAAUACUUCCUCCUGAGCAUCAAGCCGAUUGUAAUAAACGCGGAUAUCAACUCCAUCACCAUUCUGUUUUAUUUUUACAAGACGUUCGGCAGUUAUGGCAAGCGGGGGGAGGCCUCGGGGGAUGAGGCGGUGGUGGUUAGCAGGGUGGCUAGCGGGGCGGUAAGCAGGGCGGCUAGUAGGGCUGCUGAUGGGGCCACUAACAUGUCCGCGAGCAUGACCGCAAACAUCGCCACUAACAUGACCGCUAACAUCGGCGCUAACAUCGGCGCCAACGUGACCCCCGCGCAGGCGCGGCAACUGAGGAGCGAGCUGAAGGACAGCUACCAGUCGUCGCAGGACCCGUUCGAGACGGUGGAGAGGACCGCCGAGCGGGAGGUGAGCGGGGUGGCGGUUGGGCAUGUAGCUGCUGACCGUGUAGCUGCUGACCGUGUAGCAGCCGGCCCGGCCGCUGAUGACGAGACGAGCAGCAACAAGUACGUCUACGUGCAGUACAUCAGCAUCGAUAAGAUAAACAUCCUGCUGAACUUCCAGUCAGAAUACAAAAAGGAACUGAACAGCCACGUGAGCAAUCUGUUUUACAAGGAGUACAUCAGUGCCUAUAACAAACUGGGGGACAUCUCCAACUGCAACAUCUGUCUGAAGAGUCUCUCGAACAUCCAUAUCUUCACCAACUACACCCUGCUGUCUAAUUUCCUGCUCAAUUUUUAUUUCAACCAGACCAUUGUGAAUGUCUCAAAUUUACUAAUCUCCUUUAACAUUAUUGGGAGCCCCACGUCUCUCAUUGCUCAUGUGAAGAAGGCCUUUCGGGAGUUCUAUUACAUCUUGAACGAUGAUAGUGCUCUGGGGAAGGGGCACCGGAGCAAGAAGAAGAAGAAGAGGAGCCUCAUGAAGAUGCGCAGACGUAGUUGGAAGGACACCCUAGCAGAGGAGGAACUAUACACCAAAGUUCAGGAGAAGGGAGACUUGCUUAACCUGUUUGAGGGGUCGAAUGAGAGCUCGCUCAUUGGAGAUAGAGACGACAUUAUGGGCAACGAGCGAUACAUCAUGCACCUGCUGAAUGAUUAUAAUAGCUCCUACCAGGAUAACAUGCUGAGCGAGGAUAACCACCUCAGCAUGCUCAAGCGCAGCGUCAGCUGGGACAUGGCCAAGCGGGACUACGACGAGGACGCCUGCAGUGUUAGAAGCGAUCGAAGCGGUGGUAGCUGCCGUAGCGGCGUAAGCGGCGUGAGGGGCGCCUCCGGUGUGAGCGCUAUCAGCCGCACGAGCGACGCGAGCGACGUCGUGGACCUCUGCGGCGUGGACCACGUGACGGGCGUGGUAGACACGUGCGACUUGGUGGCCGUGAGCGGGGUGAGCGCCGUCAGCCGAGCGGGAGCAGACGAGGACUUCUGCCAAAAUGGGAACUACCUCUACAGCAGCAACAUAAAGAGCCGCGAGCUGGAGAACCUCGUUAUCGACGACAAUGCCUCGCUGAAUUCGGUUUUGUUUAACAACCAGAAGGGGGACCUCAUUUUGAUGGACGCGGGCCGCCGCCGGGGGGCGCGCGCUUCGAAGAGGGACUCAAAAAGAGACUCAAAGGGGGAUUCCAAGCGGGAUUCCAAGCGGGACUCAAAAAGGGACUCAAAAAGGGACUCAAAAAGGGACUCAAAGCGCGACUCAAAGAGGGAUUCAAAGCGCGAUUCGAAGCGCGACUCGAAAAGCCGCUCCGCAAAUCGCUCCGCCAACCGCUCCGCGAACCGCUCGGCCAACCGCUCCACCAACCGCUCCUCCCAGAACGACACGAAAAAGGGGGGGAGGAAACGGCGGAGGUGCUUGCCCGCGCUGCUGCGAAGGUGCUGGGGGGACCUGUGCUACGUCCUCCUCAAGGGAAAGCGGCUCUGCAUAGGAGUGUACGUGCUAACAUUCCAGCUGGUCCUUUCACUGCUCUUCUCCGUGGCAUUGAUCCUGCAGUCCCUAAUCAGUCUCAUAGAAAAAAUAAACAUAAAUAACGCAGACAAUGUCUUCCGCAUAUAUAGGAGAAAAGACGAGGGGAAAAAAACAGUGGCAUUCAACUGCACAGAGGAAUAUAAAAACAUUAAUGUAACAAAGUUGCUCUCAUACUACUUCAGCAUUUACAUUAACAUGCUCAGCUUGGUAUAUUAUAACGUUUUAUAUAAAAUAAAAAAGAAGAGGAAGAAGGACCUCUCAAAUGAAAACAAGCUAUUCAUGGGGAAUUUGAAGAUGAAUUUGAAGAAGAGGAGGAGGCUAUCCUUUUUCUUUAAUUUUUUACUAAGCAUCGCUCAAGUGGUUAACUUGUUUUUCUUUGGACAUUUGGUAUUCUUCCUCUUGUGUCUGCUGACCGUGAAUACGCUGCUGCAGAGGGUCCUUCGCUUUUGCGUCGAGCUAGUCUACAUGCAGAGGAACAGAAACCAGCUGGACUUCUUUAGCAGCGCAAAUAGGAACCACUUAAACAUAGUGAGUUAUAUUAAGAUUCACCAGAUUUUGAGCAAAUACACUGUGUUGAAGGAGCCAUUCCGGUACUUCCUCUCCUACCAGGACUUCUUCCAGUUGCCUGCCCUGAAGAAGGUGAGCUAUUUUGUGUAUACGAAGGAGCUUUUCUUUUACAUCCAGGAGAAUCGAAUUAACUUCCUCUUUCGGACGGGCGACUUGAAGAAGAUCGACGUUAUCGUUAACACGGUGAGCAGCAGCUUCGCCAUCAACAGCUUCUACAAGCGGCGCGCCCACCGCCCCUCGCGCAAGAGCCGCUCCAGGAACGCGCUCUCCAGGAACGCGCUCUCCAGGAACGCGCUCUCCGGGAACGCGCUCUCCGGGAACGCGCUCUCCGGGAAUGCGCUCUCCGGGAAUGCGCUCUCCGGGAAUGCGCUCUCCAGGAAUGCGCUCUCCAGGAACACUCCCUCGAGGAAUACACUCUCCAACUGCACCAUCGCCAUGGAGAACCUCACGUGCGAGGAGCACCCCAGCGGCGCGUCCUCCCUGAGCCAGAGGACCUGCGCGUCGAACGAGCUGAAAGAAAACAAAAACAUCAUCUGCCUGCUGAGCUCCGAACUAGCCCUCACGAAGAGAAACGAAAUCAUCAAUUUGAAGAAGAAGACAAACGAGCAGGUCAUCUCCAUCAAAAUUACCAUCCGAAAUAAUAUGAACCUUAUGGAGAGUGUGUAUUACAGCCCCACCAAGUUCUUCAGAUCCUUCUCCAAAAUACAGAAGAGGUUUAAUAACAUUUAUUUGCCCCUCUCCAAGAGUGCAAAUAGCGAGGCCAAGUGUAGCCCGGCCAAAUGCCAGGGUGGAAAGAAGGACCCCCAGAGUGCAGGGGAUUCAUCAGGAAGGAGGAGCCGCGGUUGUUUGGCCGCCAUCUGGUGCGCGGUGAAGAGCUUCUUCGCCUGCUUGUCGAUUCUGCUCUUUUGCUGUUGGAGGAGGAAACCGAAGGGGGGGGCUCCUCCACCAAAGGGAAGUGGCGCUCAUCAGAAGACCCCCUCGCAGACGAACGAACCCGCCAAGGAAUCAAACGAACAGCAGAAGAACAGGAAAGCACGCAGCAAGGAUUGCAAAAAAAUGGCCCCCAAACAUAUCAGCUUUAAGCUCAAUUUUGAUGACUUCCAGUCCUGCCUAAAUAUUUUUGAGUGCCUCUGUCGGUUUGUUAAUAACAAGUAG